AUGGAACGCGUGUUUUUUCUGAUUGAAGAUGUCGACAAAGAAUUAACUCACAAGCUAUACAUUCGAAACGUGUAUCAAAACGCUUGUACAUGGAUCGAAUGGUCGGUUCAUGGGUUUCCUUGGAUCUUUUUUAGUGUUCUGGCGUUAAUUGUCGCAUACGGAAAGGAAUUUGACGCUGAAAUUCAGCACGGUUUAUUAUUACUUAAUUUGGGUUUAUUUUUUGAUUUGACGCUGAUUGCUUUCUUGAAGUUUGCAUUUCAACGACAAAGGCCGAUGGAAUGCAAAGGGCAGUUUCUCGAAAACUCAGUGGAUAUAUAUUCGUUUCCUUCUGGUCAUACUUCCCGUGCAGCAAUGCUUCUGAAAAUUCUGCACGCGUUCCAUUCAACUACUGCAAUAGUUUUGUUUCCAUUGCCAUUUAUAGUCGGAAUCUCGCGAGUAGCAUUAGGGCGUCAUUAUAUUAGUGACGUGGUUGCGGGAGCUGUUUUCGGGUACCUUGAAGGAGUUAUCAUCUGCUCUAUUCCGAAAAGUAUGACAGAUAAUGCGGCAUUUGCUGCUACCGAGAACGACCUUUUUAGGGAUUCUCCAGUUAGAUAUUUGGGCUACGCCAAUGAAGUUGGGGAAGCAUUUCGUUCAAUGGUUAGACCACUGGCUGUUAAAUUCUCAUACAUUGUGGCUUUUGGUUACGUUACUGCAGAUGCUGUCGACAAGGGCUACAAAACGUAUAAGAAUACUAGUAAAAAUGAUGAAAAGAAGGUGACAAAAGUUGGAAUCAGUGCUGCGGACACACUUAUCUGGCAGACAUUCGCUUCGGUUCUGAUUCCCGGUUUCACCAUCAACCGUUUUUGUCAUUUUUCGAACUUGGCAUUGACGAAGGUUUCUAAACUGCCGGUCGCAACUCGUAAAUGGACAGUUACUCUUUUGGGUCUUGCAACGAUUCCAUUCAUUAUCCACCCAAUUGAUAAUUUCGUCGAGAUCUCGAUGAACAAGAGUAUCCGCAGGGUUUAUAAUGACGCCAAGUGA